GAGAGAGAGAGAGAGAGAGAGACGCUUAAGUUUAUUCACUGGCUUAUUUAUUUGAUUAACCGAGUGAGAAGUGGGGAUUGGCCCAAACCCCUGACCACCACCUCUGGCCACCUCCUCUCCAAGAACCAAAUUCUUGAGAAGAACGCCUGACACCAAGACGAGAGACAUCAAGCACAACCGCAUUUCACUGCGCGGUCCGCUACUCUUGCAAAGAGAAUGCUGAACGGCACCACUCUAGAGGCAGCCAUGCUCUUCCACGGAAUCUCCGGAGGCCACAUCCAAGGUAUCAUGGAGGAAAUGGAGCGCAGAUCCAAGACCGAGUCCCGCCUGGCCAAAGGCACUCAGCUCAACGGCCGCGACGCGGGUAUGCCCCCGCUCAGCCCCGAGAAGCCUGCUCUGUGCGCCGGCUGCGGGGGUAAGAUCUCCGACAGGUACUAUCUGCUGGCUGUGGACAAACAGUGGCACCUUAGGUGCCUGAAGUGCUGUGAAUGUAAGCUGGCCCUGGAAUCGGAGCUCACCUGCUUUGCCAAGGACGGUAGCAUUUACUGCAAGGAGGAUUACUACAGAAGGUUCUCUGUGCAGAGAUGUGCCCGCUGCCACCUUGGCAUUUCCGCCUCGGAGAUGGUCAUGCGCGCCCGAGACUCUGUCUACCAUCUGAGCUGCUUCACUUGCUCCACUUGCAACAAGACCUUGACCACGGGCGACCAUUUCGGUAUGAAGGACAGCCUGGUAUACUGCCGCGCACACUUUGAGACCCUCUUGCAAGGGGAAUAUCCACCUCAGCUGAGCUACACGGAGCUGGCGGCCAAGAGCGGCGGCUUAGCUCUGCCUUACUUCAAUGGCACUGGCACAGUGCAGAAGGGGCGGCCCCGGAAGCGGAAGAGCCCAGCUCUGGGAGUGGACAUCGUGAAUUACAACUCAGGUUGUAAUGAGAACGAGGCAGACCAUUUGGACCGGGACCAGCAGCCUUAUCCACCUUCCCAGAAGACCAAACGGAUGCGAACUUCUUUCAAGCACCACCAGCUUCGGACCAUGAAAUCCUACUUCGCCAUCAACCAUAACCCAGAUGCCAAGGACCUCAAACAGCUUGCUCAAAAAACAGGCCUGACCAAAAGAGUUUUGCAGGUUUGGUUCCAAAACGCACGAGCCAAAUUCAGAAGGAACCUUUUGCGGCAGGAGAAUGGGGGUGUUGAUAAAGCUGACGGCACGUCGCUUCCGGCCCCGCCCUCAGCAGACAGCGGCGCUCUCACUCCACCCGGCACUGCGACCACUUUAACAGACCUGACCAAUCCCACUGUCACUGUAGUGACAACUGUGACCUCUAACAUGGACAGCCACGAAUCCGGAAGCCCCUCACAAACUACCUUAACGAACCUUUUCUAACAUUGGGUUUUUUUGUUUUUGUUUUUGUUUUUUGUUUUUGUUUUUUUUUGGUUUUUUUUGGGUUUUGUUUUUUUUUAAAGGAUUCUUCCGCUUUUUAUUAUUAUUGUAAUAUUAUUAUUUUAUUAUUUACAAGACUUUUUUUUUCCUUCUUCUAACCCACAAGAUAUUUGGGGAAUAAAAUAGCAGCUUGGCGUGUAGCAUCUACACCCCUUGGCUAUGAGUUUACAGUAUUGUCGCUUUUAAGUGAACAAAUUUGGUCUCCAGGAUGUAUUUGACCUUUUUUCUUUAAUCAGUUUUUUUUUUUCAGUUGGUAAGGGAAGAUUUUGAAUCAGUCUAAUAAGUGCCUCUUAAAAUUUUAUGUUACUUAUUUCCAGAAUCUCGAAGGGAAAAAAAAGAAUGCUAUUACGAUGGGCAAAUUAUAUUCCUGUUCUUGUGAUCAGGUUAUUAAGCAACCAUAUACUUAAUUGUUUUUUUAAAACCUUACAAUUAAAAGUUUUUAUAUUAAAUUUUUUUAAAAAAACCAAAUAUAUUAUUACUGGUUUUUUUUUUUUACCUUGAACUACUAAUUCGAGUGAAGAAUAUAAUUAAACAAAAUCAUUAAUAUCAAUUUUAAAUAAUGAUUAGCUGGGUGGGCAGUCUAACUCAGGAAUGUGACUUCCUGCUGUUAGAGUUGUACAGCCCCCCUCCCAACUCUUUAUUGCUUUUCAAAAACAAAAAUCUUAAAGUCCCUAAAAAGUUACACUUUAAAAUUUGAAAUUUUAUACUUUUGACCUCCCAACACACACACACACACACACACACACACACACACACACACAAAGAAAAGAAAACUCAUCCAGUCUCUGAAACUAUUCUUUCUACUUUUCUGUUUUUUUCCCUUGAGAAAUGGAAAUAAGCAAAAUGUAAUUUUUUAAGAAGUAAAAUUAUUGGCAUAAUUUAUUAGUAAUUAAUUAAUUGGCUUCAGCUGUACCAUGACAUUGUAUCUGGCAUUCUAAAUAAUGUCUUUUCCUUGUUUCUUCCUUUCUUUUUUAAACCGACUUAGUAAACUAACACCAACAAUGAGAAUUAUUUGGUUUUUCUUUAUUUGAUUUUGGCACAGGUUUGAUUCAUGUCUGAAAUCCUUUUAACAUUACAGAUGUGAAGUUGUGACUCUUAAAGUAGAUAAACUCAGAAGCCUUGUGGAUGCCAAGCUGAAUAUAUUUCCUAGUUUACAGUAGCAUUCUUUUCCUUUUAAUUUAAGGUGAAAUCUUAACGGUCUGGGCAGUGGUGAAUGUUCAUCUCUCUGCUUCUGUUGUAGUUUAAAAAAACAAAAAACAACAAAAA